UUCUCGAUUUAGUCAAUCAGUCAAUCAGUCAAUCGGUCAGUUUAUCUGUUUCCUAUUAUCCAGAGUAUUAAGCUCUAUAAUGUCGCUCAUCGCCCGAUCGUGAUCAUUUCAAAGUAACCUUCUAUUUGCUUACCGAUUUUCGUCUAUGUAAUCGCGAUCUUUAUAGUCAAACUAGUAGUUCGAUUAGGUGCGAAACAUUCUAUACACUACGUUGAGUUAUAGGAUUAAAAUCACCAUAUUUCUUUUUUUUUCUGUCCUUUUAUUUAUUUCGCUAAUAGACUUUUAAUAGACUGACCGACCGACUUCCGAUUCUGUAUAGCGUGCCAUUGGCAAAUUAAUCUCGUCUGAAAAGACUGCCUCUCUCUUCGAAGAUUAAUUUAUGUUUUUGUGUUGAGCAAUUUGUCAUUCGUUCUAUUCAAAGCUUUUGAAAGCAGCAAACCGUUUUAUAUAUAAUCGUGUGUUUAUUACUUAAUACCGGCGGUCGUUUAGGUCAACAAGUAUUACACGGAAGAAUAUCUAAACUGACUAUAAUAUAUUAUGUAGAAAAAUUUGUUUCGUUCCGAUCGAAUUACCAAGUCAAAUACUAGAUCGUGAGAACUAUAUUGUUGAAUUGUAGCUAUUUUAUACGACGAAGGAAAAAAUAGUCUUUACUUCAAGGGCCUGUUCCACUAUAACGCGCGUUUAAUAUGUGUGUAAGAAAGGCGCCAACUCACUUGGAUAUAUAGGCCCAUAGAUGGACGCGAAUGGGACGUGUUGUAUACAAACGGUGAAUUUAUUGACACGGCAGUAAAGUGGGAACAGUUUUUUUUGUCAAAUUCACGCGUUAUAUGAAAAGCGAAGGAUUUUCUCUUUUUAUUGUUUAAUUUGUUUAUCAUCUCCUAUUAUUCUACAAAUAUUUUUUCUAAGAAUGUUAAAAUAUGGAGGAGAGAAAGAGAAAGCGCGCGUAAAAAAAGUAAGGAAAGCUCCAGUGGUGUUCAAUUUCGGAGAGAAGGGCAGUUUCGCGUUUCGAAAGUUGGUAACAAAGGUGCCUUAUGAUUACGGAGGGUAGGAUAAGGUGCAGAUGGCGGAUGCGUGUAGAAGGCGAAAGUGAAUCUGUUACACAACAGUCGCCUAGAAAAAAUUGACGGCUCAAAUGAGAAACAUUUAGCACGAGAUAAUUUCCUGAAAGCGAAAGGUUCUUGUAUGAACAAGCCAUGCAUUUUUAAAUGAGAAAAGGCGCGCGCAGGUGGGCGGUGCCUUUGUGACGACGUCGCUCACUACCGGUACCUGCAUUAAUUAUGGAGACGCUCGUAAUUAACUCAACUAGUAAUUGAGUGUACUGUCAGCGGCGUCACGAAAGCGUCGAAAGUAACUGACGUAACUAUUGUCGUGAUUUGCUACGACGUCUCCUGUGACGUCCACUUACGGCGUUCGGUGACAGUUGGCCGAUGCAUCUUCCCACUAUUGCAUCAUAGUCCGUAAUUGUAGAGUUAAUGAAAAAGUGUCAGCGUGAGUUAUGGAGUUUUCGCCAUGCUAGAUGGCGUAAAAAAUUUGAAUUUAAAUAACCAUUAAGAAUUCUUUAAUGAGGGGGGGUAACCUAGAGGGGGUGGGUGGCGAUUCUAGGUUUGCUUUCUUGCAUGGAUUUUUUCGUACCAGAACAUCAAAGCAUGUCGAAUGUAAUUGAAAACGUGCUGGAACGGAACAAAUUCAUAUCGUCUGUUUUCUUUUCGCAACUCGGUUUUUACUCGACAGUUUACCUAAAAUUUCCAAAAGCGUCUAAAUAUUUGCCUAACACGUUCAGGUCGAAUCCUUUUGGAUGUUCCGUGCAAAGUUUGUCGUGAUCACUCCAGCGGAAAGCAUUACGGAAUUUACGCAUGUGACGGGUGUGCCGGAUUUUUUAAGCGCUCCAUUCGACGCAAUCGCCAAUAUGUAUGUAAAUCAAAAAGUCAGGGCGAAUGCCCAGUUGAUAAAACUCAUAGGAACCAAUGCAGAGCUUGCCGAUUACGAAAAUGCCUAGAAGCCGGUAUGAAUAAAGAUGCUGUACAACAUGAACGAGGACCUCGUAAUUCAACUAUACGCCGUCAGAUGGCUCUCUAUGUUAAAGAAAAGGCCGAAGCAACAACUAGGGUUCUUCCGCCGAGUGCUCCUGCACCUCCUAUUCCAACUUUGUCGGCGGCUUCUCCUGUUCCAAUUACGCCCAUGUCGCAACCGGCCCUUUUAUCUGCAGCCAUACAUUCGGGAAUGCUAAUUCCGCAACGAUAUCCUCCAGAACUGAUUACGGCAGCCUAUUUAGCCAAUCCGGAGGCUGUUUGCGAAACGGCGGCUAGACUCCUCUUUAUGUCAGUUAAAUGGGUAAAAAAUGUGCCAGCGUUCGUUGGUCUUGCAUUUAAAGAUCAAGUAACGCUCCUCGAGGAAGGUUGGAGGGAAUUAUUUGUUUUAGGCGCUGCUCAGUUCCUUAUGCCAGUUGAUCCUCAAUCUUUAUUAGCCACGUCACCCCUUUCCCGUGAAGAUGGUUCAUCAUCCGAAGCUUUCAAUCAAUUAUCAAGCGAAUUAAAAUCAUUGAAGGAGAUUAUUGACAAAUUAAAAGCAAUGCAAGUUGACCAAACUGAAUAUGCUUGUUUAAAAGGCGUCGCUCUUUUCAAAACUUCUAUUGAAGAAGGUCGGUCGCUUCUUGAUGUUCCUUCGAUUGCCUCUUUGCAAGAUCAGGCUCAACUCACCCUUAAUAAGUAUAUUCAAACCGCCUAUCCUACUCAACCGUCUCGAUUCGGUAAGCUUCUCCUACUCUUACCAAAUCUGAAGAAUGUAUCUUGCACCACCAUCGAACAAGUCUUCUUUAAAAGAACAAUCGGAGCCGUGUCUAUGGAGAAAAUUAUUAUAGAUAUGUACAAAUCACCGGACUUUUAAAAAGUUCAUUGUUAUUUCGUACAUAAAAAAUUAAUGAAUGUUUAAAAAAUGAUCAAAAUUGAAAAAUAGCAAACGUCUGGCCAUAAAUGCUUGCCUGAUCACAGAAAAGAAUUUUCUCUAUUCUAUUUCUUUUUAUUGCAAAAUUGUAUUUAUCACAUCUGUAUUGUAGACGUAUAGUUUUAUAUAAAUACCACACUAUGGCAGGUAUAUCUCAUUUAUACAUAUACACUGUAUAUAUGUAUAUAAGAAAUAUAUCUAGUAGUGCAUUUACAUGUACAUAACGCGAUGGAGUUUAUUGAAUAGACAUAAACAGACACCAUAUGCUUAAACAUGUACAUGUAUACAUCUGUAUAUACAUAUUUAAUAAAUAUAUAAUAUGGUAUUAAGUGUUUACACGUUUAUCGUCUUUUUUUUUAAAAAAAAAGGGCAAUUAUGGGAUUCUUUUUGACUAGGGUGUAAAUCUAUUUGCAAUGCAUUUUAUAUUUGAGCUUCAAAACUGUUACUUUUACUUUUAUUAUUUUUUUUUGCACUGCUAUAAAAUCUUAAUUUUUAAUAUAAAGUAUAUUCUUUUGAUGUAUAUGGAAUUUCACCGUUUUUACUAUUAUUUCUACUUGUUUUUUUUUUGGAGAAUAUAAUUUUCGAAUGUAAAAUUUCGAAGGAAUGUAAAAAGCGUGGCAAUUUCAACGCAUGAAACUUUAAACGUCAAACCGGACGGCGUUUGCGUGUUGAGUAUCAAAAGCAUUUUAAAAGCAUUUCUUUAUAAAUUAUGUAAGGCAUUCCCAAAAAAAGGCUGUCGA